AUGCGGGGCGUGUGUGUGUCGAUCCUGUGUGUCUCUGUGUUCCUCCGCAGUGCUAUUUCACAGCCACCUACAGAAAGUGACACCUACACGGUAAGGAUGGGUAUUUUGGCACGCAAACCAGGACCCUCCUUCUCUCACUCUCCAAAUCCCUGUCUCCUCCCUUUCCAUCUUUUCGUCCCCCUCCCACCAUGCACCAGACUGAUGAUUUGACCCCUUUUUCUACUGCAGCUGCUCUUCUCUUCUCUGUUGACCUUCGCUGUCCUCUGAAGUCUCCCCCUUUUACUUUCCCCUGUUCUCUGUGCUCAUGACUAUGUAAGAUAAUUUCCUCUCCCCUCUCAUCCUGUUGGUGUGACAGUGGACAGCCGUGAUUUAAAGUGCACAUAAUAGCUUUACAUGAAAGGUGAUUUGGAUGAUACAGUACAUGAGACUCUCUCUCUCUCUCUCCUGCUAUCUGUAGGAAUGCACAGAUGGGUAUCAAUGGGACUCUCAGACUCAGCACUGCAAAGGUAAAGGCUUUCGUUUAUCCUCAUGUCCCCAUGUCCAUGCCCUGAGUGAGAGCAUUACAACUUGAAACCACUCUUGUCUUUCAGUCCUUUUCCUUCACGCUCUCACUGUCUCUCCCUCUCUCCCGUCAGACAUAAAUGAAUGUGAGACCAUUCCGGAGGCCUGUAAGGGUGAGAUGAAGUGCUUCAACCACUACGGGGGCUACCUGUGCCUCCCCCGCUCUGCCUCAGUCAUCCCAGCCCCGGACCCCCCCAGCCAGCCUGGGACCAACCUGGAGAGCACUGCCAGAGAGCCCUUCAACCCCUGUCCUCUGGGCUACGAACCCCAGGGAGACAGCUGUGUGGGUGAGUACCGGCUGGAGGGUGAGACAGGGGGAGGGAUAAUUGUGUGUGUGUGUGUGUGUGUGUGUGUGUGUGUGUGUGUGCGUGCGUGUGCGUGUGCAUGUGUGCGUGUCUGCGUGCAUGUUUGUUAUUGGGCAAUGACCAUAUAGUCUGGAUGAUUGCAGACUAUUGUGGGAUAGGUGGCUGUAACAGGUGUGUGUGUUGGGGGGUUGUGUUGAGUCUGUGUGGUUGGGUGUGAGUAUUUGUCUGUGGGGGGUGGAUAGCUGGUACUGGAAUGUGGAGAUUUCACAUGAGGACAGCUGCGCUUAGUUUUAUGGGACCGAGAGUGGUGAGAGAGCUGCUUGUCCUGUUGUCCUGGGGGUCGGGGUGGUAGGUGUUGUUGAUGGGGAAUGCAUGAGACAGGAAUAAUGAUUCAACAAUGUGGGGAAUUCUCAGCUGUUGGUGCAUUAACUGUAUUAACUUACCAUGUUUUAUUGCCAUAUCACACAGACGUGAAUGAGUGUGAGAGAGAUGAACACGACUGCCAGCCCAGCCAGCAGUGCAUCAACACACCUGGAGCCUUCACCUGCCAGUGUCCUGAUGGUUACCGCAAGGUUGGCACCGAGUGCAUUGGUAAGUCAUCCUACACUCUUAAAAAGGGUUCUAAAAGGGUUAUUUGGCUGUCUCCAUAGGAUAACCCUUUUUGGUUCCAGGUAGAACUAUUUUGGGUUCCAUGUAGAACUCUCUGGGGAAAGGAUUCUACCUGGAACCAAAAAGGGUUCUAAAAAGGGUUCUCCUAUGGGGACAGCCGAAGAACCCUUUUAGGUUCUAGAUAGCACCUUUUUUUCUAAGCGUGUAUAGUACUCCCCAUAGGACUCCCUCUAACCAGCCUACCCACCAGCCUGAGUCACACCAACUCACUGUUUGCGGUCUCACUGCAUUGUUGUGGUUCAGCUUAGUCAUUGUAGCAUGUUAUUUGACCUCUAUUUAACCAGGAAAGUCCUUUGGAUCAAAUUCUCCUUUACCAUAACAACCUGGUUGGUCAAAGGAAUCUCCUCUUUCUCUCUGGAACUGUUUCUGAAUGCUCUCCUUCCAUCUGUGUUGUUAGACAUUGACGAGUGCAGGUACAGGUACUGUCAGCAUCGCUGUGUCAACGUCCCCGGCUCCUUCUCCUGUCAGUGUGAACCAGGCUUCCAGCUGGCCGGCAACAACCGCUCCUGUAUUGGUAAGGCAUGGUCAGACACACACACACAUGCGCACGCACGCAGUCACGCAUGCACGCACGCACGCACACACGCAGGCAAUACCGCAUACAGUAUACACAUAGAGUCAUGGUAAAACGAAUAGCCACAACCAGCCAAAAGCACACAGAGUCCCACACUGUCCAGACUGAUGUUAGAAAAUAUAUAUACUGAUAGACUUCUCCCUCGCCUUCCAGAUGUGAAUGAGUGUGACAUGGGCGCCCCCUGUCAGCAGAGGUGUUAUAACACCUACGGUACCUUCCUCUGUCGCUGUGACCAGGGCUACGAGCUGGGGCCUGACGGCUUCACCUGCAAUGGUGAGAGGAUCUGUUUGUCUGUCUGUCUCUAUAAUGCCAUUAAAAUAGCAGUGAUACGAGCUGAAAAAAAAAACCCAUCUCUUUAUUUCUUGCAUUUUUAAAAGCUCUCUGUCUGUUUCUUGGUUAAAACAGCUGUGCUACGAUCUUAAACGUCGUUCCCCUCUCUCUCCCUCCUGUGUUCUGCAGACAUAGAUGAGUGCAGCUACUCCAGUUACCUGUGCCAGUUCCAAUGUGUCAAUGAACCCGGGAAAUUCUCCUGUCAGUGCCCAGAAGGCUACCAGCUGCUGGGCACACGACUAUGCCAGGGUAAGCACCCUCUCCAUCUGUUCUCCUUCUCAUUGUUUUUGAACACCUUUUACCCAUCCUUCACUUCAAUGUCAGCUAAUUGUACCUGUGUGUUCUUUCGUUGUCCUCGUUAGUGGACAAUGAAGUAUUCUCUUUGAUUCUAUUCAUUUGGAUUCUGUCCUAUUGUAUUCUAACCUUCCCUUUCCAAACCUUUUCUCUAUCCCUCUCCUCCCCAGAUAUAAAUGAGUGUGAGACUGGAGAGCACCAGUGUACUGAAGGACAAAACUGUGUGAAUAUCCACGGUGCCUAUCAGUGUGUGGACACCAACCGCUGCCAGGACCCUUACGUCCAAGUAACUGACAAGUGAGUGAACAUUUAUUAAAACACAUGCACACACACAUAUAUACACACGCGCGCGCACACACACACGCACGCACGCACGCACGCACGCACGCACGCACGCACGCACACACACACACACACACACACACACACACACACACACACGCACACACACACACACACACACACACACACACACACACACACACACACACACACAGGGACUCAACAUAUUUUUCCCAUUAUCAACCUCAUCAUCAGCCUCUCUCACAGCUCACAUUAUUUCUGAGAUUGCUCCAAUUACUUUUUCCAUAUCUCUCUCCAAUUCUGUGCCCUUUUCAGUUGAACGUGUUCCAGUACAAUUAGAAUGCUGUUAGAAUAGUGAACGUGUUCCAGUACAAUUAGAAUGCUGUUAGAAGAGUGAAACAAGUGUUAAAUUGAUAACAUGUGUAGACAGUGGUUUGUUUCCCUCAGCUUGUUUUGGCUGUAUGAAAAAAGUUUCAGAAAAAUACUUGGGGAAAUGGCCACUGUUCAAAUACAGUUGUAUGUAAUUCGUCUUGGUUUGAGGAUAGUUCACCAUGCUCCUUCUGUAUUGCAAUAUACCCCUCUAGUGGUUGAGUUAUUAACUACUCUUUUGAACAUUUUAUCUAGAGGCAUGAGCACAGAAGAGGACAUAUUCAUCACUAAAUAUAAAAAUUGAUGAUCAAAUAUUCCGUUUUAAUUUAAAUGAAACAGAAUCAAAAGUUAAUCAUUAAGUCAAGAGGUCAAAUUAGUUAAUGAGGUCAAUUUUCAGGAAGUGACUUCCACUAUGACACAACUCAUAUACAGUCUCUCUCCAGAGGACUAAAACCUGCUACUUUUCUCUCCUGUGUGUCUAGUCGUUGUGUUUGUCCUGUGACCAAGCCAGCCUGUCGAGACCUACCCUUCUCUAUCGUCCACCGCUACAUGAGCAUCACGUCGGAGCGCUCCGUCCCCUCAGACAUCUUCCAGAUCCAGGCCACCAGCGUCUACCCCGGAGCAUACAACACCUUCCGUAUCCGCUCUGGAGACGACAAUAGAGACUUCUACAUCAGAGUGAGCACAGCUAUAGUGUAACAACCCUUGCAUAGCACCAGCCUGGGUCACCCUCCCAUCCACCUUGUGAAUAUACAGUACCAGUCAAAAGUUUGGACACCUACUCAUUCAAGGGUUUUUCUUUAUUUUCACUAUUUUCUACAUUGUAGAAUAAUAGUGAAGACAUCAAAACUAUGAAAUAACACAUAUGGAAUCAUGUAGUAACCAAAAAAGUGUUAAACAAAUCAAAAUAUAUUUUAUAUUUGAGAUUCUUCAAAUAGCCACCCUUUGCCUUGAUGACAGCUUGGCACACUCUUGGCAUUCUCUCAACCAGCUUCACCUGGAAUGCUUUUCCAACAGUCUUGAAGGAGUUUCUACAUAUACUGUGCACUUGUUGGCUGCUUUUCCUUCACUCUGCCGUCCGAUUCAUCCCAAACCAUCUUAUUUGGGUUGAGGUCGGGAGAUUGUGGAGGCCAGGUCAUCUGAUGCAGCACUCCAUCACUCUCCUUCUUGGUAAAAUAGCCCAUACACAGUCUGGAGGUGUGUGGGGUCAUUGUUGAAAAACAAAUGAUAGUCCCACUAAGCCCAAACCAGAUGGGAUGGCGUAUUGCUGCAGAAUGCUGUGGUAGCCAUGCUGGUUAUUUGAAGAAUACCAAAUAUAAAAUAUAUUUGUAUUUGUUUAACACUUUUUUGGUUAAUACAUGAUUCCAUAUGUGUUAUUUCAUAGUUUUGAUGUCUUCACUAUUAUUCUACAAUGUAAAAAAUAGUAAAAAAUUAAGAAAAACCCCUGAAUGAGUAGGUGUGUCCAAACUUUUGACUGGUAGUGUAUGACGAUAGACUAGUGAAUUUAUGAUGACAGUGGAGGUCUAGAAACAUAUUGUAUUGCAGUUUUGAGACCUUGCAUCAUAACAAUACUUAGAUACGUUUCUUGACUUUUUAGACUAGGAGAAAUUAGUAAGAUGAACCCCCACUUUUUCUGCCUAAUGCAGUGUGACUGACUCUGACUAACCUCUCUAUCAUCUCUGUGUCUCCCUCAGCAAAUCAACAACAUCAGCGCCAUGCUGGUUUUAGCCCGGGCCGUGACGGGACCCCUGGAGUACACAUUGGACCUGGAGAUGGUGUCAGUCAACCCCCUCCUGAGCUACCAGACCAGUUCGGCCCUGCGACUGUCUAUCUACGUAGGGCCUUAUGCCUUCUAG